AAAAAGCACACAAACAGCUCUCCAUUAUGGAAAUUGGUAAGCCCUUUUCAAUUUCAUCAAUAACCAUUUCAUGGUUGCUCCUCUUACUAUUCUUGACAUUAAUCCAACCAUCAUUUUCAGCAAGAACAUUAUUAGCUAAUAAUGUACCACCCGACCAAACUGAUCAUGAUCGUGCUCAUCUUGCAAUUAGCUUUUCCAUGCCAGACGUACUACUUAGAGGUGGGCAACAAAAUGAUCCCUCAUCAAAACCAGGAAAAACAACAAAACCGAACAGUCAUAACCUUCCCUUUUCCAAACCAUUAGGCUAUGGUAAUUUCCCUCCAACAGGAGGCGUCCCCUUCGCGAAUCUCGAGCCUGAUUCGCCGUCUAAAACUCUUGAUUUAGAUGGAAUCAGCGUGUCGUUCGCGACCCUUGAGGAGUUGGAGCUCGGAACCGUGACUACAAUCAACGAGAACGUGUACGGGGGAUCGAUUUACGGAUCCUCGUUGAUUGGUAAAGCGCAGGGGAUGUACGUUGCUAGCUCGGAAGAUGGAAACAGUCAUAUGAUGGCAAUGACCGCAUGUUUCAUAAGGAAUGAAGAUUGCUUGAGAUUUUUCGGGGUGCAUCGGACGGAUGUUAAUCACGAAUCACAUGUUGCAGUUAUUGGCGGUUCAGGGAAAUACCAGAACGCUAACGGAUAUGCAACGAUUAAGACGGUUGAUGUAAGCUCGAGUUAUGCAGAGAAGAAACACAGUAACAACAUGUACAAGUUGUUGUUGUUCAAUGUUUAUCUUGGUUGAUAACAUUUUUAGAGGCUU